AUGGACCUCGAGGUCGGUUUAGACCUGCAACACAAUCUUUUCAUUCGGACGUUUGACGACCAGCUCGGAACUGCACCGCCUAACGACCGGGAGUUCAAGGUAGGGCGAGUUCUCGAUGUCGGCACCGGUUCCGGGAUCUGGGCUAUUGACUUCGGCGAUGAGCACCCAGAAUCUAAUGUGAUUAGACAAAUCCUUACCUUCUAA